CAAACUCGUGUAUUCAAAACCCAUGACUCUAUUUCCUAACUCCAUUUACCAAACAUAGCUUUAGCUUUCACCACAUUCUUUUUUGCCACAUACGAGACAGGGAGAUCUAAAGGUAGAAGAUAAAAUAAAGAGUUGGAGAAGAAAUAAGGAAACAAAAGAAAGUGAGAUGCGGCCUUCCACUACUAGUUUCAUGCCGAUCAACGAAGGGUUGGUGGAGAGUCAAGAAACCUCCCACAUGAGCUUCUUCUCCCAACCCUCUCCCCUCCCUCAUCCUCAUCUUUCCUUUCCUCUUUAUGGCCUCCAAAACUCUUUGGAAACCCUAGCUCCUCCUAGGGUUAAUGGAGUUGUAGAGUUCUCUUCCAAUCUAAAGGACCUUGGAUCUUCAUUUUCAAUCCAAGAGACAACUAGUACUAUCAAUCCUUUGUCAUCAUCAACCAGGGAGGAUGCUCACAAUAUUAGCAACAAGAGCAGCAAUAUUAGUACCAUCAACAAUAGAAGCUAUAACGAGAAUUUGUCAUCAGUUGGAGCCAAGAGGAUGAAGAAGGUGAUGAAGGCAAGAAGAAAGGUGAGGGAGCCAAGGUUUUGCUUCAAGACCAUGAGUGAAGUUGAUGUGUUGGAUGACGGAUACAAGUGGAGGAAGUAUGGACAAAAAGUUGUGAAGAACACCCAACAUCCUAGGAGCUACUAUAGGUGCACACAGGACAACUGCAGGGUGAAGAAGAGGGUGGAGCGGCUGGCUGAGGAUGCGCGUAUGGUGAUCACUACGUACGAAGGGCGACAUGCACAUUCUCCGCCACGGGAUGAGGAUGAGAGCAACCAGGCUUCAUCACAUAUUAACUUCUUUUGUUAGUAGAUAGUUACGUGCAUAGUUUAUAUUGUGCAAUAUUGUCGCUUAUGUUAUGUAAUGAGAAUAAAUUGAGGCUCAUGUUUGGGCCAAACAAGUCCAAGGUGCAGUAUGUGAGGUGUGAUAUUGGAUGAGUAUAUUGCUAAACUUUUUUU